AUGGACAAAGAUUGCGACAUGGUAUAUAAGAACAUCUCUGACAUAUACAAAUCUGGGGAGUUUAAGACCUACGACAACUUUGUUUCGUUAGUUGCAAAAUGUGUAUGGCAGAUAAGAGAUAAAGAUAGAAGAGGUAAGAUAUGGAAUGAACAGAUAAAACCCGCAACUUUUGAGUUAAAGAGAGCAAUUGACGCCUUAGUCAUACUAGCAGGUAAGGUUUCAGAAUAUAACGCAAAAAUGAACCCGCAAUGUUCAAAAUGUAAGGCAGCAAUUAGGAAAUAUAACUACUCCGUCAAAGAGAUAGAACGUAUGAGAAACGACUAUGCUGACUUAAAGAGGGAGGCAGAGAAACCAGCAGAAGAUAAAAUGGACAUGUUGACAUUUCUAAACAAAAACUAUCCAACAGCUGACGAUUUCCUUCUUUCAGAUGUCAAGAAGAAGUAUAAAGAAACCUUCGGCAUUGUUAAAACAUUCGAUGUACUGACAGAAGAAAUAGAAGCUACGAAAUUGUUUAGAAUUUCACGAAUUCACAAUGUUUACCAUGUAAAACGCUUAUAA